AUGGAAACCCACUUAUGCAACCUGUCCAAGAGACCUUCGUAUCGGGAGAUCAUGAUAUUGGCAUCAUCAAAUCAUCGUGUUAAAACUAGAAUCCACUCAAAUUUCGCAACCCUCAAGGACUCCGAGGAGGUGGUCCCACAUGGAAGCCUUGCUAAACUCUAUCACUUUUAUUCUCCUGCAAUGAACAAACUACUCGUUGUUGACCUGCGUAACCCACGCAGAGCAGCUGAAUAA